CUAGCGUCAGACAUAGCGGCGUGAUGCACGCAGGCACCAUUUGCUUAAAAACAAACCGCGGCUGCAGUCUGACUUCGACAGUCUAGACACGCUUCCGAACCACGGAACCUCACUCUAUACCUUACUAUAGCAUAGUUCACAUAAAAGCAAUUAACAGCGCACAGUCUGUUUGUACUUUCAACAACUUCUUUGGACUUACUGGUUUAGUAAUGGCACCCUAAGUAAAACUGCCUUCAGGAUAUUUAUGGGGGCGAAUAAGUAUUGCACGGACGUCGCUUGAGAAUGGAUUCGGGUUGUUUGAAACGAGGCGAUUGUGCACCACUCGGAACUUUAGACUGUUAACUAUUGCAAGCACUAUUCUCACAAAAAAGAUAUAUUCCUGGCUCCAGAUAGACUGUGUCUUCCAAGCAUUGUCCUAAGAUCGGUGGCGGCAGAGGAUACAUUUUAUCCGACAAUGGACUCUUCAUAGCAGAUAUUUUGGAUACACUGUAUCAUUUCCUUAAGAAGUCUGAAGAACAACAAGAACAAAAGGUGUUAUUGGAGGAAGAAGUCGGCGGGCAUGGCGAUGGUUACUCAAUUUAGUCUUAUUGGAGUGUGUCUGUUUUCACUGGUGAAAAUAACCUGCGAGGAACUUAUAUCCGCGGACGUUCCCACCUAUGACCACCUGGACAUUCUCCAAGAGCAGAGGGUAGAGUUGGGCUUCGAGCCACACGGCAGGAGAUGGAAGAGGUGGCUGUCCCCGUCCAGGCCGGAAGAGCGGGCCUGGGGCCGGCAGGGCCAGGAGUUGGACCCGCGGCACUACCAGGAGAAGCCGGAGCCUGAGCGCUUCUCUGAUGUGGUGACAGACGACAGCCGGGACAACGAGUCUCAGAUUGAGAGAGACAUGGAUCAUAGCUACUACAUCUCCAAAAUGUAUGGACCCUCGGAUGCUGGGAUUGCCGAGCUGUGGGUGGAUAUUGAGCAGAUGGACAAGGCAAAGAUCCACGGGAUCCUCUCCAACACCCACCGACAAGCAGCGAGGGUGAAUCUCUCAUUUGAUUUCCCUUUCUAUGGACACCUGCUGCGAGAGCUUACAGUCGCCACUGGCGGUUUCAUCUACACCGGGGACAUCAUUCACAGGCUGCUGACAGCCACCCAGUACAUCGCCCCCCUCAUGGCCAACUUUGACCCCAGUCUGUCCAGAAACUCCACCGUCAUUUACUUUGACAAUGGCACGGCGCUGGUCGUGCAGUGGGACAACGUCCAUCUCCAGGAUAGCUACCACCUUGGAAGCUUCACCUUCCAGGCCACGCUGCACAGUGACGGAAGGAUUGUGUUUUUCUACAAACAGGUUCCUAUCGACAUCAGUGACAUCAGCUCUGUGAACCACCCCGUCAAAGUGGGACUGUCUGAUGCGUUUGUCGUUCUUCACAAGAUACAGCAGAUACCGAACGUGCGCAGGAGGACCAUCUAUGAAUACCACAGAGUGGAACUGCUGAAAUCCAAGAUUACCAACAGCAGUGCCAUGGAGAUGCUGCCGCAACCCACCUGCCUGCAGUUCUCCAGCUGUGAGCCAUGUGUCACCGCUCAAAUCAGCUUCAACUGCAGCUGGUGCAGUCGACUGCAGAGAUGUUCCAGCGGAUUUGACCGAAACCGCCAGGACUGGGUGGACAGUGGAUGCCAAGAUGAGGUGAGAAACCAGAGCUGCGCCAUCAGCAUGGAAAUGAGUGCGACGCAGGCAUCGCCUGUGGCAACAACAGACAACAACGUGAAGACAACAACUACAGUGGGACAAAGAACCACCACCGCUGUCUCCACUACCUUCCUUUCCACCGCCAUCUCCACUACCGGGAGGGCAAACCCAACAUUCUUCACCACACAGCUGCCAACCAGCACUCCCACCGAGGAUGACACAAAGCUUGCCUUGCACAUGGUUGAUGAAGGAUCCAGACAGGUAGGGGAUAGCGAGGAUCAGAAGGAGGACAGGCUGCAGACCGGACUGCUUGUUGGUAUCCUGUUAGCCACGGUGCUGAUGGUGGCUGCUGUCAUGGUGACCGUCUACAUGUACCACCACCCAACCUCCUCUGCCAGUCUCUUCUUUAUAGAGCGACGACCUGCCAGAUGGCCAGCUAUGAAAUUCCGCAGGGGGUCUGGCCAUCCCUCUUACUCCGAGGUGGAGGUGGUGGGCCGAGACAAGGAGAGCUUCAUGGUGAUGGACAAGGACGGCUACGCCAUGUCAGAGCCGAGAGAGAGCUACGUGGUGGCCGACCCGAGAGAGCGCUUCAUCGUGUCAGAGCAGAGGGAAUGUUUCUUAGUCAUGGACCACUGCUGACACGCAUCGCCCUUCGCGCUGACGUCCCAACAGGGAGGCGCCGUAGUUAACCCGGGACCUGCACAGGUUUUGUGUGUCCCCCCCC